AUCAACCAGAACUUUACCUUUCGGACAACGUCAACCACAACCUCGAACAUAACCAUCGCCUUGACCUUUCCUUAACCUUCCACAUCAGCCUGCUAGCUUUAUGAACCACGCUGACCUUCAAUCUGAAAUCCAUACAAAGAUGGACGCACCAGCGAACAAAAACAUGGACGGAGCAGCCCCUCGCUCAACUGCUGUUCCCGGCUCCUCCCACUCCAAGCCUGACACCAACUCCAGCAAGACGCCCGCGAUUUCUUCAUCAACGAGGCCUUUGACAAUCACCAAAAUUACACCAAACGGGGCCACAUCGAACGCGGCUCCAUAUCCAACCCCAGUCACCACUUUACGCAACAACGAUCCGGCCGUUUCUUCACCUCUGGCCAGCGCACCCAUUCUCCCCGCUGAUACCAAGCCCAUGACCGGCACAAGCAACACCGAUCUUCCCGCGAGGUCCAACCUCCCGCCUGCACCACCACCUAACUUACUACCAGGACCGCAACAACCACCACACGAACGUACCCAACACCAACAACUGCUGUAUAGCCAACAGCAGGAACAACUGUUACAACAGCUAAGGCAGCAACAACAGUGCCAUGAGCGCCAAGUGCGCCAACUGCGACAACUCGGGCUGCUACCACCGCUACAACGGGGACAACUGCAAGGCCCGCAACCACCACCACCACCACAACCACAACCACCACACGCACAUACCCAACAGCAGAAACAACAACAACAAACACCGGCACAACAGCUACGAGAGCAACAACGUCAACAACUGGUACAACAGCUACGACAGCAACAACAGCACCAAAUGUACGAACUACAACAACUCGGGUUGCUUACACCGCUACAAAAAGAGCAACUGCAAGACCCGCAACAGCAACAACCACCACAUCCACAUGCUCAACAGCCUCAACAGCCUCAACAGCAAGAACAUCAAGAACAGCCUCAACAGCCUCAACAGCCUCAACAGCAAGAACAUCAAGAACAGCCUCAACAGCAAGAGCAGCCUCAACAGCAAGAGCAGCCUCAACAGCAAGAACAGCAAGAACAACAGCAAAAACUGCACCAAAUGCACCAACUACAACAACUCCUAGUACUGUUAUCACAAGGAAAACUGAAACAACCGCAACACCAACAAUUGCUUCAGGAACUGCUACAACAGCUACAACCGCAACAACUGCACCCACCCUCUGCCUCUGCCCCCGUCCCUGGCGUCCCAGCCCAACCGCAAAAAACCCAAGCCGACCAAGGCUCCAGCUCCAGCCCCAGCUCCGGCUCCGGCUCCGUCCCCCACAUCCCCUCCUUCCCCCUCCACCUCAUCCCCGGCGUCCACAUCAGCCUCGAGGACUACGACCGAUACCGCCUGCUCGUGCACAACCUGCAUUUCCAGCGGGUUUUCAGGAAAGACCCCGUCCUCGCCCUGUUGCUCUCCGAUGAAUUUAGGAUCCGGCUGGAACUCCAGCGUCUGCUGCCCGAUAAUAGACCGCCUAAAAAGUUUGUUAGCUUGAGGGAGGUGCAGAGGAAGCCGUUGAGUGAGUAUGAGUGGGAGGUGGAGGGGAGGAUACAGAGCGGGACGAAGAAGAGGGGGGAGGGGAUGUGUCGGGCUCAGGGUCAGGGUCAGGGUCAGGGUCAGGCUGGAGGGAGUGCCCAUGCCCGUGCCAGUGCCAAUGGGGGAGGUGGGGGCUUGUAUCAGCCUCAGGCACAGGCACAGGCUGGAGGGAGUGUCGGUGGCAGUGGAGGAGGUAGAGAGAUGGGAGCUACGGCCGCGGACAUAUGGGCAAAAGCAGCUGCAGCAGCGGCGGUAGCAGAAGCGGCAGCAAAGGCGGCGGGAGUCAGUGUUGGUCCUCGUGCUGGUGGGUGGAUCAACGGAUCCAACAAGAAGCGAAAGGUGAGUCCGGGAACGGAAGCAAGACCGGAGAAGAGGCCUAGGACGGAGGUUAACACGGGGAUGGGAACGGCUAGUGCCCAGCAACCUAAGCAGGAGGCUGGACCAGUACAGAAGGUUGGAGGUGUCCAAAAAGCCGGAGGAUCACAGAGCGCCGGAGGAUCACAGAGCGCCGGAGGAUUACAGAACACCGGAGGAGUCCAGAAAUCCGGGAGAUCACAGAACGCCGGAGGAUUACAGAACACCGGAGGAGUCCAGAAAUCCGGGAGAUCACAGAACGCCGGAAGACCACAGAAGUCCGGAGGACCACAGAAGUCCGGAGAAUCACAGAGCGCCGGAGGGUCACUGAACGCCGGAGGAUCACAGAAGAUCGGAGGAAUGAGUCGCAGCGUGGAGGCAGGAAGAAUUAGGUGA